AUGCCUUUGCUUACUAGUAAGAGUUACUAUAGUGAUGAUGAAGCAGUCGGCUUAGUGGACAGAAGUGACAUGUACAACUUAAGCAACUAUCAUGUUCGAGACGAUAGUGAAGCAACGUCUUCAGACGAAGAGGCAGAAGGGGAAGAUUCUCAGCUUGGUGAGAGUGCUUGCGGGGAAACAUCAUACUCUUUCUCAGAAGGGUAUCGCGGGAGGUUCUCGCUCUCAGAAGGCUCUGAUGUAAGACCGAAAAGGUCUAGGAGCGGGUCACCUGGGAGAAGAGGAUUGGGGUCGUUGUUUUGGCGCUACGCCUCUGAACAUUCCAAUCAAAAUUCGACUUGCGAAACUCCUCAGCGGCCUAGGACUGAAGACCAAGCAUCGGAGGUUUUUCGAAAGGAUGAGAUUGAAGAAAAUCUCUCUUCAGGAGCUGGAAGUUCGAGUAAGUUUUGGAGAUCAUGGAGACUACGGCAUAAAAGGAAUGACAAUCAAGACGAGGAAUCAAAGCUCUCCCAUUUGGCGAACGCAGAGCAAGACCAACGUGCGGAAAGUGACAGCAAACAUAAGACGAAUGAUUCUUUGGGCGAAAAACGUGGCGACAUCAUUACCCAAAACGAUGAAAGUGAAAGGAUGGGAACCGUUCGUAUGAGGAACAAAUGGCAGCGGAAAGCUAACGCCCAAGGUACAGAUGCAUCGUCCUUCCUGAAAGAAAAGCUUACCGUUAUUUCUUCUGGGAGUGAGACAUCAGACGAAGACACUGAAAAACUGCGCUCUGCAGACCAUGUUAUCGAAUCCCCUUUAACCCCAUUAGAUGAAGCCUCGAGCCUUCCUAAAGAAGAAUCUGUUGCAUUCGGCCAGUAUGAGGACAUCUAUCAAACACCACAGGAUUAUGUCCCAUUGGAAGAUCAAUUUGAUCGCUUUUCAGUCAACAAAAAUUCCAAGACGUAUGUCAAUUUCUUGAAUGCCAUUUGCCUACUUAAUGGGUCUUCAUUGGACGUCGUUAACAUGCAUUCGCUUGAAGAGUUUUCCGGAGCAAUCUUCUCGUUAGCAAAGCAAUGCCUUGAUCAAAAGGCACCUCUCUCUAUAGGCGAGCCUGCCAUUGAGACUUAUACAGCGAGUAUUGACAACCAAGAAGUUGUUAGCCAGAAAUCUAGCCGGAUAUCGGAAUUGGAAACUGAGCUGUCUUUGCUGCGUGAAAAAUUUGAGGAUAACGUUGAUAGCUUAUACAACUGCCGCAAAGAGCUUCAACUCACGAAGGAGGAGCUUAUUGGUGCUCGCAAUCAAGUUGAUGAGAGCAUCAUCGAGGCAUCAAAUUUCAAAUCAGAGUUUGAUGCCCACCGAGUGGCGUGUGCAGAAUUUGAAGCUACGUCGCAAGCUCAGCUUAAUCAUUUGGAAGAGUUACUUGCUAGUGAGAAAACCAAGUUUAGCGAAUUGGAACAAAAUUACACUGAGUUGAAUUUACUUCAUACAGAUUUACAAAGUAGUUGUCAAACUUUGCAAGAACAGGAUAUAGCAUCCAGGGCCAAGACCCAUGAGUUGAUUGCAUUGGUUUCUAAUUACGAAAUCGAGGUUAGAAAGCUACACCAAUCCAACAAACGCUUACAAAAGGACUUCACUGAGAUGGAUCAGCUUGCUUCGCAGGCAAAGGCUGCCAACAUAAAGCUAAAAUCAGACUGUCAGCGGGAACGGCGCAAAUUACUAGAUGGUCGACGAGAGCAUCAACUGAUCCAAGGUCAACUUGAUAUAGCCAUGUGUCACAAGACUGAAUCAUUACAAUUUAUGGCGCAACUCAUGAUAUCGUUUCGCGAGGCCCUGUGCGAGAACACCUUGCAAGAAUGUGAUUCUUACCUGGAAUCCAUAAAUUCAAACACGUUCUUUUGUUGUGCCUUGGUCGACAACAGCACGAGAAUGACAGAACAACAAAUGAUUGAACAGGUUACCAAGCAGCGGAGACUUAUUACUGAUUUCUAUCGCCAUUUUGCGAAAAAACAUCUUUUGGACCAGGUCUUUGCAAAAUACGUCUCAUUCAUGCGAUCCAAUAGGUUCUUGUCUCAACAGCUUAGAGGCCUACGCCAAAAGACGCAUGGUCAUGAAGAGCACAUUUCACGCUUGUUAGAGGGUAGCAAAACAAAACGAACCCUGAAAACUAAACAAGACAAUCAGAGCCCCGGUACACAGCAUUAUUCCAAUGCGACUGUGCGUCACCAAAAAAGUAUUCCCAGCCACGUGCGAAUGUAA